GCCCCCGUAGCUGCAACAUCCCUCACCAAUACAACACAAAACACAGUCUACACUACAGUUUUUACUGUAAUUUUUCGAUCUCUUGUUGAUAAAACGGAUAUAUUCAGCGCGAAACAGUUUCUACUACACCCGGGAGCGACAGGGAAACAACAGUAUUUAUUAUAUUUAUUGUGAUUUUAAGUCAUUUUACGCUGCAUUAAUUGUCAUUUACGCUUUGCUACUAACGCGGCUCUGUCAAUUUGAAAUACUACUGCUGUAUGUUAGACCGUAAGAAUAUAGGGUACUGCAAGAUUUUACUUGCUAGGGACAACAAAUACAACUCAAAUUUAGGACGUAAGUAUUGUACAUGGUAAUCAUUACAAGCUUAUGUUUGCGAAUUUGCGAAGAUCAUUUGCGUUUUCAUAAACGAUAGCCACUAUAAAAAACGGAAACGUUUUUUGCAGGAAGGUGUUGUAUACUUAGCUAUGUAGCGAUGUAAGCACAUAUUCUUCGCAAUAUACCUACUACUUAAAGUGUUACUGUUGCGGCUUUACAACUGGUUGUAGCAAGCUGCAGAGUGUGUCGAAAUAAAAAGAGGAAAUUCGGCCGUCGAGUAGCUUUACAUGACCGAAAACCAUGACACAGUUCCACUUAAGUAUGGCGGGUGCUGAUCUGUAAAUUGCUAUGAUAAACCAGUAACAAGGGGAGGAGGGAUAUUACGAGAUAAUUGCACUUUAGUUAUAGUAGCUACAAAAUAGGUGAUUUAAUGGCGCCUGUUGUUUAACUUCUUGCAGCCAGACCUACGGAAGGAGAUGUACACACAGAUCAAGAAUCACAGCGUGAUAUCUCGGCGGAUUUUUGCUGAAAUUAUGGUUUUAGUAGUCGAACACGAAGAUAAACAAAUGCACGCUGAUACUUGCUAUUCGGACCGUACCAGUGGUGGUGGUUUCUCUGUAAAAUCCCUCCGCAGGCUGUUUCUUUAAUAUCUUUUUUUUUAAAUACACGAUAUCCGCUGCAAAGGCGUGUAUUAUCUUAACCCAAUCUCAGCAAAAAAAAAAAAAAAACGGCAGCGCAGGCAAAGGUUAAAAACGGAACACGAUCUUAAAAUACUAAAUCAAGAACAGAAAAGAUGUCAGGGGACAGCUCGGUCAGCAGUGGGGAGGAUUCUGGCGAAGAGGUGCGGGACGAGACCCGCACUGUCAAACACCAACUCACGAACGCUAACCUCACAGGACACACCGAGAGAGUGGGGAUGGAGAACUUUGAGCUUCUCAAGGUGCUAGGAACUGGAGCGUAUGGCAAAGUGUUCUUGGUGAGGAAGACCAGCGGCCAUGACGAAGGGAAGCUGUAUGCUAUGAAGGUGCUGAAGAAGGCAGCCAUCGUGCAGAAGGCGAAGACGGCGGAGCACACGCGGACAGAGAGGCAGGUUUUGGAGCACAUCAGGCAGUCACCCUUCUUGGUCACGCUCCACUACGCCUUCCAGACACACGCCAAGCUGCACCUGAUCCUGGACUAUGUGAGCGGAGGGGAGAUGUUCACGCACCUAUACCAGCGUGAUCACUUCACAGAGGACGAGGUGCGGAUCUACAUCGGGGAGAUCAUCCUGGCCCUGGAACACCUGCACAAGCUUGGUAUCAUAUACCGUGACAUCAAAUUAGAAAACAUCCUUCUGGACAGCGAGGGGCACGUGGUGCUGACUGAUUUUGGCCUGAGCAAGGAGUUCCUUGAUGAGGAGAAGGAGAGGACGUAUUCCUUUUGUGGAACAAUCGAGUACAUGGCUCCUGAGAUCAUCAGAGGGAAGUCUGGCCAUGGGAAGUCAGUGGACUGGUGGAGCCUGGGGAUCCUCAUGUUCGAGUUUCUGACGGGAGCCUCGCCGUUCACACUGGAGGGUGAGAAGAACUCCCAGUCUGAGGUGUCCAGGCGGAUUCUGCGCUGUGACCCCCCCUUCCCACCUGAAAUCAGCCCCCUGGCACGGGACCUGCUGAGGAAGCUGCUGGUUAAGGACCCCCGCAAGAGGCUGGGCUCCGGGCCCCGAGGGGCUGAAGACAUCAAGGGGCAUCCCUUCUUUAAGGGGCUGAACUGGGCCGACUUGGCCGAGAAGAAGGUGCCUGCUCCUUUCCGGCCUGAGCUGCGCAACGAGCUGGACGUGGGGAAUUUUGCCGAGGAGUUCACGGGCAUGGACCCCAUCUACUCCCCUGCUAGCACCCCACCCAGCACAGACCGACUGUUCCAGGGCUAUUCCUUCAUCGCUCCCUCUAUUCUGUUCAACCGGAAUGCAGUGAUGGGUGACUUCCUGGAGAGCCAGAUGAGCCCAGACCGACCGGGUUCUGCCAGUGUGGAGCGCAGUGCUAUGCUAAAGGACUCUCAGUUCUUCCAGCAGUAUGACUUGUGCCUCCAGGAGCCGCCAUUGGGCGAGGGCAGCUUCUCUGUGUGCAGGAAGUGCAGACACAAGCAGACCGGGCAGGAGUACGCUGUUAAGAUCGUUAGCCGUAGAAUGGAGGCAAAUACCCAAAGGGAGAUUGCAGCGCUCAGGCAGUGUGAGGCGCACCCCAACAUCGUCAAACUGUACGAGGUCUACCAUGACCAGUACCACACAUACCUGGUGAUGGAGCUGCUGAGGGGGGGUGAGCUGCUGGAGAGGAUUAAGAAGAAGAAGCUGUUUGCAGAGGGUGAAGCCAGCCAGCUGAUGAGAAGCCUGGUAUCGGCUGUCAGCUUCAUGCACGAUGCCGGGGUGGUGCACAGAGACCUCAAGCCUGAGAAUGUUCUGUUUGCGAAUGAGGGGGAAGACGCCGUCCUGAAGGUGAUAGAUUUUGGGUUUGCUCGCCUGUGCCCCGCGGGCAGCGCCCCGCUUCAGACGCCCUGCUUCACCCUGCAGUAUGCAGCACCCGAGCUCUUCCACAGCACUGGCUAUGACCAGGCCUGCGACCUCUGGAGCCUAGGAGUCAUCCUGUACACCAUGCUCUCUGGGCAAGUGCCCUUCCAGACGGAACCAAAAGGGAUGACAUCAUCACGAGCUGCUGACAUCAUGCGAAAGAUCAAGGAAGGGGACUUCUCAUUGGAUGGAGAGGCCUGGAGGGGUGUGUCUGAGGAGGCCAAGGAGUUGGUGAGAGGCCUGCUGACAGUGGACCCAGAGAAGCGACUCAAGCUGUCCGCUCUGAGGGAGAAAGAGUGGCUCCAGGGUGGGGGGGCCCUCUCCUCCACUCCUCUGCGCACCCCUGACGUGCUGGAGUCCUGUGGCCCCACCGUCCGCACCUAUGUCAAUGCCACCUUCAAGGCCUUCAAUAAGGGGAAGAGAGAGGGCUUUUUCCUGAAGAGUGUGGACAAUGCCCCGCUGGCCAAGCGCCGCAAGCUGAAAAUGACCAGCACUGGGGUGGAGACCCGUCGCAGCUCCUCCUCUUCCUCCUCCUCCUCCUCCUCAUCAUCCGCCCCGCCACACCCACCCCCGCCCCCACCCGCCCCUGCUAACCCUAAGGCCCAACCCGCCCCAAACUCUGAGCCCAGAGCACAGAGCUAG